AUGUCGAGCAGUAACAUUGAGGAGGCAAGGAGGAAUCGCCCUUCUUGUGCAUCAUGCAAACAUCAAAGAAAAAGGUGCCCAGCAAAUUGUGUAAUGGCACAACACUUCCCAGCAAACCGAAUCGAUGAAUUUAACGCAGUUCAAAAAAUUUUUGGUGUUGCUAAUGUAACAAGGAAGAUCAAUGAAGUAGGCCCGGAACAAGAUCGGGCCGUCGCGUCGAUUCUAUGGGAGGCAACAAGUUGGGAGAAGGAUCCUGUUGAUGGGCCUUAUGGGCUGUAUAAGAUGUUAGAGGAAGAGAAUAGGUUGCUUAAGCAACAAGUAACCAUCCAGCAGGCGGUGCAAACUGUGGUGGAGCCACCACGAAUACGGGCAGAACUGAUGCCUAUUGAUGAAGAUAGAGAACAAACCAUUGCACGAAACUCCUGUCAAUAUGGAGUCUGGGACGGGUCAACAAUGUUAUCACAGCUUGGAAAUUUACCUGAGAGUGGUGACAACAUUAUGAAUGGUGCAGAAGUAUGCAGCCUUACUAAAUUCGAUGAAGAUAAUUUAAGUUUUAUUCCUAAUAAUGGAGACUUAUUAGAAUCAUCUGUAAAUAGUUUGAUAAGUCCUGUACAACGACAACAGCACAGAGAAGACCAAGGAAGAGAUGGUGUUGCAGCUCCUCAUAAUGCUCUCCCACAAGGGCAAGGGAGAGAUAGUCAUGGAAGAAGUGUUGCAGCUAUGUAUAUUACAGGAAGCUAUGGAAGAGGUGUUGCAGCUAUGUAUAAUACUUAUGGACAGGAAAGAGGAACCCACGGUAGAGGCAUGCCCCGCAUGGGACCGUCCUUGCCUCCAAUGGUCAAUCACCAACCGAUCUCUCUGACCAUUGGAGAAGGACAUGAAAAGAGAGAUCAAGUGAACCAGACUCCAGCCAAUAUAAGGUUUGUAGACGAUCAGUUGUACACAACUAUUUAUCAGAGCAACGGGUAUGGAGACAUAAACAGUGACCAAAUGCACGAAUCUUCUGCCACUAUGGAGACUAAAGAAGGACAUAAAAAGAGCAGUCAAGUGAACCAGACUCCAGCCACAGUAAGGUCUGGAGAGAAUCAGUUGUGCACAACUAUUUAUCAGAGCAAUGAGCAUGAACAUAUAAACAGUGACCAAAUGCACGAGUCUUCCUCCACUAUGGAGACUAAAGAAGGACAUAAAAAGAGCAGUCAAGUGAACCAGACUCCAACCACUGUAGGGUCUGGAGAGAAUCAAUUGUGCACAACUAUUUAUCAGAGCAAUGUGCAGACUAGAGAGAGUGAGAUGUACACAAAUUUACCUCCAUAUCUCACACCCGAAACAUCGAGAUUGCAAUGGAGACAGAAAACAAGGGAUAAAGGUGAUCUUUCAGCUAUUUUUCAACAACCUCUUAACUUCUAA